AUAAAUCAAAUCUUAUACUGCGGACUCGCCGUGGGCUCACAGCCAGCUGUUCCCUGGAAAUGUCGUGCAGGGUAGACAUUUGUCCCGCCGCUGCCGGAUGCUGAAACGCGCGAUCAGCCUGUGGAUGCUUGAUGUCCAUUAUGAAACGCAAUGCUGCACUGGGUACCGAAUAUUAGGCGCAGCGCUUUUGAGACCCAAUGAAUUACAAGAAAUCAAUUUAGCUGCUGAACACUCUGUGGUGCGGACGGUUCAAGGUGGUCCAGCAUCUUUCUCCUCAGCCCUCUGCUUCCUGUCUUCUCUUGGAUUGUGGAUAACAAGAAGGCUUCAAGACGGAGGGGGUGGUGGAGCAUCGAGGAAAAAAUAGGGGCAAUAUGAGAGAGCGGGACUUCAUGCCCAAUAUGGAGAGGGGCAAACCUGCUACUUAUACAGGGGACAAAAAGGCUAAGAUGGCUGCUAAGACUAACAAGAAGUGGGUGAGACUAGCCACUGUUUUUGCAUAUGUAUUGUCGGUGUCGUUAGCAGCCAUUAUCCUGGCAAUUUACUACAGCCUGAUCUGGAAACCAACCAGUGCAUCCUCAUCUGCGGGGAAGCCGGGAGGGCCAGAGGAGGUCACCCCCACCGCAAACAUCUCAACUAAUAUUUCCACCAGCAACAAUGUCUCAGAGUGGAACUCUACACAGACAGGGCUGCUACCUCUCAACCAGACCAGCCAGGGCACAACCCCGCACAGUCCGGCGUUUCGGUGGGAAGACAGAUCCGAGAGUGCGGCCGCGUCUCCGCGCGGUGCCGGAGCAGAAAUUGCGCACUCGCAGCAGGAGGAAGGACUCUACGCAGCGUCCCACGGUCACACAAGCGCGGAGAGAUCGGACACUUUGGGCAGGCAGACACACGCGUCUCAACCCCGAGUGAGCCACUACAUCCCGGCGAGUACCAGGGAGGACCAGGAGGAGGAGGAGGACGAGGAGGAGAGGGAGGCGCGCAGACGGGACGACGGGGCGAACCGCGACCCUGACCCGGCGGCUGCAGAUGCUGCCGCUGCCCCUCCAAACCCCGAGACGAGCCGAGCCGGUCUGAGAGGAGACUGAUCGGGCCUCAUCCAAACCACCACACCCCCCUCACGCACACAAACUGACCCAACAUGGAGUGUUUUAGACUCAAAGCCGCAGGUCGGAUAACACACAGGUCCUCUUCUUUAAACUCGUUUUGCAGAGCCUCUUAUGGAUGCUCAACUGCACACACGAACUGAUCUCUUGCGCUGAACCGCCAUGGCUAAGAAAAGAGGAGACCUCGCUCCUUCAGUGAACACUGUUUCCCCCUCCAGCACCAACUAUGCUUUUUUUUUUGGUUUUGUUUUAGGCCAUCUGUAUGCCUUAAAUCAAUGUGUGUCUACUUUACCUCGGACAGCUUCUGAGGCCUGCUCACCUGCCUGUACGUUUGGACAACACUGGCAUAGAUAUUUUGUUAAAUGAAUAGGACACAGGCUCCAGAGAUGCUUUUGGUUUUGCAGGACAUGAAUAUGUCUCUCAGACAUACAGCGCUUAACAUCACUGCCAUUCAUCGGCUGGUCUAAAUCAAUACUGCAUUUUAUUGCAUUAUAACUGUAGGCUAUUUUCUUGUCAUGGAUCAAACCUGGAUUCCAAGUAGAAGAACCUGCAUUAUUGAGUUAUGCUCAGGUAUGUGCAUAUAACCAUGUAAAUGUAUUGUGUAUUUGGUUAUGUACAUAUAGGGCAGGCAUACAUCUUUUUGGCCUAGAUGAACUUUUAGUGCAAUUAGAUGAUUUUUAUUAAAGGCACAGUACGUAUAAUAGGUAUAACUAUAUCACAAGGUACAAAUAAACAUCCUUAGAAAAUGAUUGAUUUCUAUGGUUUUAUAUAAUAGAUCUGUGUAACACAUGAAUUAGUC